AUGGCUGCCUCCACGGGUGCUGCAAACGCUGGCUCGUCCGAUUUACAAGGUCUAGCUUCGGACGGUUCGAGUAUGGACAGCCCACCAAUUCAGUACAGUGUGAUUCUGGAGCAUCUCAUCGGGGACAAGAGGCCCGUGAAGGAGCUGAGCCCCGGCAUUAUGGGGGGACUGCCGGUGCCUCUCAAAAGCGACGAGCAGAAGAUGAUCGAGAGGGGAAUGGAGAGCUGCGCCUUCAAGGCGGUUUUGGCCUGUGUGGGAGGAUUUGUCCUCGGAGGAGCUUUUGGUGUUUUCACCGCAGGCAUCGAUACCAAUGUUGGCUUCGACCCCAAAGACCCUCUGAAGACUCCAUCAGCACGAGAAGUCCUCAAAGACAUGGGCCAGAGGGGGAUGUCAUACGCCAAGAACUUUGCCAUCGUGGGCGCCAUGUUCUCCUGCACAGAGUGCAUCAUAGAAUCACACCGAGGUAAAUCUGACUGGCAGAACGCUGUGUACAGCGGCUGUGUGACAGGAGGAGCCAUUGGAUUUCGUGCUGGUCUGAAGGCUGGGGUGCUGGGAUGUGGAGGCUUUGCUGCAUUCUCCGCUGCCAUUGAAUAUUAUUUGAGGUGAACCACAGAAGAGUGACUCUAUGGACUAAAUGGAUGCGCGCGUGGACGAGCCCUGUGAGGUGUAGGACUCGUCAAUAUUUACCUGCACAUGGAGGAUUGCUGCAAAAGCAGAGCUGAUGUUUUUGGUGAAAGCGACGGGUUCCUAUUCGUGUACAGUGGGCUGAACAAGAUGUAUGUAUUUCCCAGAGACUACUUUUAUCAUAUGGACAGUUUGAACAAAGCAAAGCAACUUCAUGUGGAGAAUCUGCAGAAACUGAGCAAAGGGGAUCUGCCUCUGUGUUGGAGGCAUAAUCACGUUCACUCUUCAUUCACAACCACCUCAAAUCAGACUCAGAUAAACGCUGUUCUUAUUGAAGAACAUGUGUCUACUGAACUAAUCCACAUCAAAUUAUUUGUAUUAAACAUGUUGUUUUGUUAAGUUGUUAAGAACAUUUCUUCUUUGUUUACAAGUAUCCAUGACAAUAAAAUCUUAAACUGCCUUUAAAUAUUAGUGUUGGACAAAUAAAGUUCAAAGUAAGUGAAUAGUAUAGAUGAGUUUAGUGUCAGUAAGCCUUUGUGCUGAAACAUGUUGGUUAGAUGGCUUUAGGAAACGAUAUAUCCACCAACAUACUGUUGUCUGAGGUUCAGGAAAUGUGUCACAUCAAACUGUUCAAAAAAAUUCACCAUAUGAAUCUUUGUAUGAGGAUAUAAAAAAUGGCGGAUAUCAGUUUAAAAAAUCUCCACAUUUGUGUUUUUGCUCAAGACUUUCAGAUGUGAAAUAACUGGACAUAUUAACAUUUUAACAGUGAAUGAGAGAGCUUUAGGGCUCUGUUAGUGCUUUGAGCGAGAUUACUCAGUUUUAUGGCCUAAAUGUGCAAAAGGACAAAAAUAUCUAUGUUUUAAUGUAUCGAUUUUGUUUCAGAAGGGACAUUUGUGAGGCUUAUAAGGGCUAAAGUGUGAAAUGUUUGCAUAAAGAAGAAGGUUAGAGUGGUGAUGUCAGCCACUCUGCUCCACUACUGCCCCCUACUGGUCUGGACAGGAUCCAACACUGAUCCUCUUAGAGUUGACAAACGGAAUACUGAUCUCAAGAUUAGAGUUAAUUUUAAGUCAAAAUGAAAUAAAUACACAAACAACAAUGUAACUACAUCCUGUGUGUUCAGUUAAAAUACAAAC